AUGCAGAGAAGUCAAGAGCAAAAGCGAACAGUUAAUGGCUGCAUAAUAGCCGUAGCAUUCAUAGUUCUCAGUAUUACCAAACUUGGUAAAGCAACCAACAUAGAAGGUGGCCAAAACCGACCAGUGUUCGACGGUCUCUGCAAAUUAACAAAGCUGGCUCGUAUUGACCUUACAAUUCCAGAGGAACCGAACUUAAAAAACCAAGACUUCAAAGACAUCAUCAAACUAAAUAUGAGUUUGGCACCAAAAGCAUGGAAGCAAGUGUUCUGGAAAACAGGUGAAAAAAACGCCUGGCAGGACGAGCUACCACCGAAGGACCAACACGGUGAUGACUGGGAAGAAUACUGGUUGGACUGGAAGGAAGCAAUAAGAAGUCUUUAUAAGGCGGACCGAACAAAGGCAGAAGACAAAAUAACGUUUGAAAGCUUGCCUGAAGACGUAAAAGACACUAUAAGGCCGCGUAUGAUAAACUUGGCAAGCGCGGCGGCCGCACUAGCAAAAUCUCCGGCGGCGCCAGCCCAGCUACCUUCGCUAAAAGGUAAGACGCUCAAACAGAAGCUAACAGAAGCGGUAACUGGCGACGGCUCGAAGGACGUCGACACGGCGGACUACCAAAGCAUAUACGGGGCAAGCUCGGGCAGCGACCGCCAAACAGCCUGCACGACCGGCAGCUCAGGAACCCGAACAAAUUCCCUCAUGGGUGCGCUAAGCUGCGUAUGUGCGCCUGAAACAGACAGCCAAGCCGACUACGUGUGCACACCGGCGGUGGCUAAAGCCGACCGGUGGGCAACCGGCAGCCCAGACACACCAUCGAACACAGGAAAAAUAACAAAGCUGUGUGGCAAAAUACCGCCACGGCAGCUAAAAGAAAACGAGCUGAGGCAGGCGAUCGAGGAAAUCGUGGCACUCAUAACCACGAACAGCGGUACCGGCUACCUUGGGGCAACCAAAACCGGCUGCACAGGUGCUCAGGGCAGCGGCCGCUGCGUCAAAUUCACUGGAUACGCCGACAACAACGGCUCAAUACCACCCCAUACACCAUGGCUGACAAUACCGCACAGCAUAGCAACCGACCUUGCAGACAGGGAAAGUAGAAUAGUGCAAGCAGAAAGCACGAAAGCAGCGCUCAAAGCACUUGCCGAACAGGCCAGAAAAUUAAGCAGGGAAGGGGAAAUAGCAAAAAUCAUCAAAGGCCACUUACAGACGGCCCACGGGCAAGCUGCGCCAGGCAAAACUGUGAACAUGGAAAUCAGCGAUGGAGAGUGCAACAAGCUUACCAGCAACAACACCUGCAAAUCCCCCUGCAAAUGGAACGAGAAUACCACUGACAUAAACAAAAAAUGCUCAUUAGAUCCCGUAAAAGCGAUAGAACAACAAGCAGCCCAGACAGCAGGAACAGAAGAGGGAGCUGCAGGAGCAACAACAGAUAAGUGUGGCCUAGCAAAAACUCCUGAGGAUUUUGUUUUAGCAAAAGGUGAUAUUCCAAAAGAUAAAAAAGCUUUUUGA